CAAGCAGGAGGGAAAUUUAUGUUUUCCUAUUCUGAAACAGGAUAUGGACUGACUAACCAUUCCAGUGCUAUUCCCCACCAGGACAGAAAAUACUACAGUGGUAUCCCUCUACCCACCUCACUUCCCUCUAGACAAGAGGAUCUAAGAAGAGGAGUUCCUGAGGAAGGCACAGAGGGUCUGAUCCAGCCAGAGGAGGUUUGGCCCAAGCACUGCCAGUCAGUUCAAGACCAAGGGAGGAAGCUUUCUCCACCAACCAGAGAAUCGCUUACUUUCCCAUAUGGCAGCCACCUCUCCUCCUGCCUCAGCUACCUCGACUUACCUUGGAAACACCAGCAUCUAUGACUACAACUACCUUGACAAUUUCCUGCAUACAGUCUGUAGGAAGGAAGCCAUCUUGUCCUUUGGUCAAGUAUUCCUGCCUACUUUCUAUUCCCUGGUGUUUAUCCUGGGACUGGGGGGAAACCUUUUCUUCCUCACUGUCUUCCUCUACCCUGCGCAUAGAAGACAGGUAACCGAAGUAUACCUGCUGAACCUGGUUGUUUCUAACCUCCUCUUUGUGCUGACCUUGCCUUUCUGGGGAAUCUCUGCAGCCUGGCAUUGGGUCUUUGGGGAAGCCCUCUGUAAAACCAUCUGUACCCUUUACACUGCCAGCUUCUAUAGCAGCAUCUUCUUUCUUGGCUGCAUGAGUCUGGAUAAAUAUCUGGAUAUUGUCCAUGCUCAGACCCACCAUCACCUGUGGACCCCAGCGAAGAGUUGGCUCCUUUCAAGUGGGGUAUGGACAGUGGCCCUGCUGCUUUCAAUCCCUGACCUGGUCUUUGCUCAAGUACAAGAAGGUUCUGAUGCUAUGUUGAGUUGUCACCUGGAUUUUGGAUAUAAUGGACCUGUCUGGAAGGUGCUUCUUCGUUUUAAGCAGAGCAUUCUGGGAUUCAUCCUCCCGCUUUUUGCCAUGAUCUUUUUCUACACCCGAAUAGGGUGCAUCCUCACAGUCCUAAGACCUCGGGGCAGGGGUCGAGCCCUGUGGGCAGCUGCAGCACUAGUGAUGGUCUUUUUUACACUGUGGUGUCCCUACAACAUCACCCUGUUGCUGCACUCACUGCAAGACUUACAGGUCCUCCAGGGCUGUGAGGUCAGCAAGCGUCUGGACUAUGCCCUUAAGGUGACAGAAAGCAUUGCUUUCACUCACUGUUGCCUUUCCCCUUUCCUCUAUCUCUUUGUCCACCAUCGGCUCAGGAAGCAUCUCAAAAAGGUUCUAGAAGCCAUCUUCAAAAGAUCCCGGGAAUCCUCUACUUCCCAUGCCUCUCAGAACAGUUAUUCCCAUAGUUAUUCCACAGCCGAGGAAGAAAUGACUAGCACUGACAAUCGGGAAGAAAGCUUACAGGAUCAUGGAAUUUAGAGCAAGAAGAGACCUUAGAGUUCUUUUUAGUUCAAUCUACUCAUUUCACAUGUGAGGGAACUAGGAGGUGGUAUAUGUGACUUGGCUAGGGUCACCAGAAAGUAAGUAGCAGACCUGUAUUUAGAACCCAAGUCUCACUAGAGAGAACUCCUUCACAACUUUCAGCAAAUAUCCUGUUGGCCUCUUGUAGACAAAAUGAUCAACCUAAAAAUCAGGAAAGCUAGAUUGGAAUCCCAGGCUUGUCGCUUAAUUGUGUUACAAUUGCAUGGUGCUUGGUGAAGUAGUUCCCAAAUUCUUUACAUAUAAGAACCCUUUGUUAAAAACAGAAAAAUAAAAAGAAACCUUUAUAUAAAAAUGGAUGUAUUAAGCCAUACUCCAAUUGAUAAAUUAUCAAAGGAUAUGAACAGACAAUUUUCAAAUGAAAAAACUAAAACCAUUUGUAGUCACAUGAAAAAACGUGCCAAGUCAUUUUUGAUCCCAGAAAUGCAAAUUAAGACAAUUGUGAGGUCAUACUAUAUACCUCUGAGACCAGCUAAGAUGACAGGAAAAGAUAAUGAUAACUAUUGUAGGGGAUGUGGAAAAACUGGGGCACUAACACAUUGUUGCUGGAAUUGUGAACUGAUCCAACCAUUCGGGAGAGCAAUCUGGAGCAAUGUUAAAAGGAUCAUCAAAUUGUGCAAGGGUCUGUAUCCCAAAGAGAUCUUAAGGGAGGGAAAAGUAUCCAUAUGUGCAAAAAUGUUUGUAGCAGCUC